AUGAUGUUCCUUAAGUGUGACGACGGCCAUAGACAAUACGUUAUAGAACAAGAGCAUCUGGUUUUAUCACUAACAUCACACUCAUCGUCGUGGAGAAAGAUCGAGAUCUCGGGAGAUGCUUACUCCUACUUAGAAGGUGGGAUUUGCAUCAAUAGUGCUAUAUACUAUGGUGUUGGACAUACAAAGAUAGCUAGAUUUAAUAUUAGAUCCGAGAAGAUAAUGUUUAUUCAAGCACCAGAGGAUUAUAAUGCAAUCUCAUGUUAUUCAACCCUUACAAAUUACAAAGGAAAAUUAGCAUGUGUAAGCUAUGACUCCUAUUGUGAAUCUAAGUUGCGUGUAUGGAUUCUACACGAUGUUGAGAAAGAAGAAUAG